AUGUCGACUGAAGGAAGCAGCUUUGUUCAACCAUCAAUCCCACGCUUCGAUGGUCACUAUGAUCAUUGGAGCAUGUUAAUGGAGAAUUUUUUGAGAUCUGAAGAAUACUGGAGUCUCGUGGAGAAUGGAAUCACAACAUAUGCAGAAGGAACGGUGUUGACAGAAGCUCAACUCAAAAGCUUAGAGGAUCAGAAGCUCAAAGACUUGAAGGCCAAGAAUUACUUGUUUCAAGCCAUUGAUCGAGCUAUUUUGGAGACAAUUCUGAAGAAGGAUACGGCAAAGGAUAUCUGGGAUUCCUUGAAGAAAAAGUAUCAAGGCACGGCUAGAGUCAAACGUGCACAACUGCAAGCUCUUCACAAAGAGUUUGAGAUGUUGCAAAUGAAGAAUAGAGAAACAGUCACUGACUAUUUUGCUCGAACAUUGACUGUUGCAAACAAAAUGAGGAUACAUGGAGAUAGAAUGGAAGAUGUCACCGUGAUUGAGAAGAUUCUCAGGUCUAUGACACCUAAGAUGACCUGUCAUGAAAUGGAAGAGCAAGCUCUAAAGGUUAGUCAAGAGACUUAUUCACCAGGAAGAGGAAGAGGUCGAGGCAGUUUCAGAGGUUGUGGAAGAGGGAGAGGUCGACAAGUUUCAUUUGACAAAUUAACCGUGGAGUGCUACUACUGUCAUGAACUUGAAAAUUUUCAGUAUGAAUGCCCUCAAAAGGAGAAGGAGUACAAGGCUAAUAUGGCUAAGACUAAGGAAGAAAUGUUGCUGAUGGCAUAUGUUGAAGACGAAGGUGAUCAAAUGAGCAGCACCUGGUACUUGGACUCUGGAUGCAGCAAUCACAUGUGUGGGAGUAAGAAGUUGUUUUCGAAUAUGGAUGAAUCUUUCAGAGAUAAUGUGAAGCUUGGAAACAACUUUAGUCUUCGUGUCAUGGGAAAAGGCAACAUAAGGAUUGAAGUCAAUGGAGUGAAGUACUGUAUAACUGAGGUCUUCCUCCGCUGCAAGUUCCUUCAAGAGUUUGUGAAGAAUGAAUGGUGGGAAAGCAACAUCGUGAGCCAUUUCCUAAGGAGAGCAAUUGGAGAGCCACACAAAUACUUGAAUUGGUGCAUUCGGACAUAUGUGGACCUGUCAACCAAUCUCCAACAGCAACAAAAGAAGUCUGAAGCUCUAGUAGUUUUCAAGAAAUUUAAAGCCUCUGUUGAAAAAGAAACUGGUGUGUUUAUUAGAGCUCUUCGAACUGAUAAAGGUGGAGAAUUUACUUCCAAUGAUUUUGUUCAUUUCUGUGAGAAGAAUGGUAUACACAUGCAAUUAACUGCAGCUUACUUACCACAACAAAACGGUGUAGCCGAGAGGAAAAAUCGUACCAUUAUGAACAUGGUAAGGAGCAUGCUAGCAAGAAUGAAGGUGCCAAAGAAAUAUUGGCCCGAAGCUGUGAAUUGGAGCUCACACAUCCUAAACAGAUGUCCUACUCAUGCUGUGAAGAGUGUAACACCAGAGGAGGCAUGGAGUGGCAAAAAACCUCAAGUGAAUUACUUUAAGGUUUUUGGUUGUCUGGCUUAUGUUCACACUCCAGACAAUCUAAUAACCAAGCUUGAUGAUAAGAGCACAAAAUAUGUGAUGCUCGGAGUCAGUGAAGAGUCAAAGGCCUACAAACUGUACAAUCUAGAGACUCAAAAGAUCAUAAUCAGUAGAGAUGUGGUAUUUGAUGAAGCUAAUGAUUGGGACUGGAACAAUAAACAAGAAAAGAGAGCUGGUGUUGAUCUUGAAGAAAUUGAAACAAUGAAUGGUGUUGAAGAAGUCACAUCUAGAGAAGUAGAAGAUGAACCUGUUGGACACAAUUCACCAAGAAUUACUGAAGCUUCACCAAAUGUAACAAGGCAGAGAAGACCCCCUGGUUGGAUGACAGAUUAUGUGAGUGGUAAUGAGCUCUCAGAUAAUGAGAACAUUGCUCAAAUUGCUUUGACUGGUGGGAAUGAUCCUACUACUUUUGAUGAUGAUGUGAAGAGUUCAAAGUGGAGAAAAUCCAUGGACUUGGAGAUACAAGCUAUUGAAAGGAAUGAUACGUGGGAGUUGAUUGACUUGCCUGAAGGAGAAAGAACAGUGGGAGUGAAGUGGAUAUUCAAGACCAAAUUCAAAGAAAAUGGAGAGAUUGACAAGUACAAGGCUAGUCUGCAUUUUUAUAUGGAGAACUCAAUGAAAGAGUGUUCGUCGAUCAACCUCAUGGAUAUGUGCAAAGAGGGAAAGAACAGAAGACAUGUUCAAAGAAUUCAAGAAGUCCAUGAUGGAAGAAUUGAGAUGACAGACUUGGGAAAAAUGCAUUAUUUUCUUGGAAUUGAAGUGAAGCAAACAAGCAAUGGGGUCUUUAUUGGACAGAAGAAAUAUGCUGAGGAAAUUCUCAAAAGAUUUCACAUGGAAGAUUGCAAUUAUGUCCAAAAUCCUAUAGUUCCAGGAACAAAGCUUAACAAGGAUGUGGGAGGAGAAUUAGUCAAUAGCACUCACUUCAAGCAGAUAGUGGGAAGCCUAAUGUACUUAAUUGCUACCAGACCUGAUCCGAUGUUUGUUGUGAGCCUUAUUAGCAGGUACAUGGAAUCACCUAUUGAACUUCAUUAUGAAACAGCUAAGAGAGUGCUUCGCUAUUUGAAAGGAACAACAGACCUUGGUCUAUUCUACAAGAAGGAAACUAGAAACAAAAAGGAAGCUGGGAGUGAGCUAAUGGGAUUCAGCGACAGUGACUAUGCAGGUGAUCUUGAUGAUAGGAAAAAAGUUGAAUUCAUAGCUGCAACGUCAAGUGCCUGUCAAGCUGUUUGGCUAAGAAGGUUGCUAGAAGAACUGUGCUUUAAACCAGAUAAACCUACUGUGAUUUUCUGUGACAAUAGCUCUGCUAUUAAGCUAUCCAGAAAUCCAAUAAUGCAUGGGAGGAGCAAGCACAUUAAUGUCAGAUUCCAUUUCCUUCGAGAUUUUGUCAAAAAUGAAGUAAUUGAGUUGGAGCAUUGUCCAGGCAAUAUGCAGGUUGCUGAUAUCCUAACUAAGCCAUUAAAGUUGGAGGCAUUCGUAAAGAUGCGGAAAUUGCUGGGGAUCUGUUCAAGUUUGUCUUUAAAUUGA